CCCAACUGGACAAGACAGGGAGGUGUGACGUUACGAGCGGAACUUCUACCGGAGCGUGUGUACGCGGCGUCUUUUACAAGAAGAACCAAAUCGGCCAAGGGCACGGCGGGCGAGAGGAGGAAGAUGAGCCUGCCACUUCUUGUACCUGACAUGAAUGUGACGGAGGAGACUUGCCAGGCCGACAGGAAUUCCUCCCAGAGAAGGGCAGUAAAUAUUAAGGAAGAGGACUGUGAGUGGGGACAUGUGCACCACACGCAGGAGAGUCCCUGCGUUAAGAAAGAGGAUUGUGAACAGGGGGCAGUGGGCAUUAAGGAAGAGCCCGAGGAGAAGCCUGUCAUCCGUGACAUGCAGAAACGAGUCAAGGAGGAAGACGACUUUCAGUCACAGUGCCUCGGUUUGCCUCGGAUUAAAAAUGGAGGUGAAAGUGAAUUAGUCUGCCUUCAGAGUAGAAACUGUCCUGUUCAGGGACAUUCUGUCAGCGUGAAGUCUGCUAUUGAUUCAGAUACAGAAAACCGUGAUGAAACAUCAAGGAGAACACUGGAGAGCCGGUCACCAUCUGCAGAUCAGCCCGGAGAAGUUACAAAGGAGAGUCUCGACUUUUCCCCAUCUUUAUCUGUCUUGAUCUGUUCUGAAGCGAAGUCUCAACAGAUACCAAAUGAUGAAAAUAAGGAGAAAUUGACAUCCCUGUCCCCUUUGCAGUCAAGUUCUCUGCGAGUUGUGAGUCGAACAAGGACAGACACAAUUAAUGCUCAACAGCAGUUGAAUGGUACACACUCAGAAGAACCAAGGAAAAGUCUGAAAUGUGAAUCUAAAGACAAACGCAAUCAGUGGAAGUAUACAAGUCAAAGGCCAUAUGGCUGUUCUGAGUGUGGGAAACGAUUUUCACGAAAAUACAAUCUUAAGACCCACAGUAGAAUUCACACUGGGGAGAAGCCCCAUUGCUGUCCCGAAUGUGGGAAACGAUUUUCACAAAGAACCCAUCUCGACUGCCACAGAAUAAAGCACACUGGAGAGAAACCCUACCAGUGUUCCGAAUGCGGAAAAGGGUUUUCAAGGAGACACCGCCUCGAGAGCCACAUAACGAUUCAUACUGGAAAACAACCAUUUGGCUGUUUAGAAUGCGGGAGAAGAUUCUGUGACCGGAGAAAUCUUAACCAGCACAUGAGAACUCACAGUGGGGAAAAUCUCCUCUGUUGCUCCAAGUGUGGUGCACGAUUUUCAACCAGGAGCCAUCUGUAUAAACAUGAAAGAAUUCAUAAUGGUGGUAAACCCUUUUCCUGUGCUGAAUGUGGGAAAGUAUUUUCAAAAAGAGACGGACUGGAAACGCACAAAAGAGUUCAUACCGGAGAGAAACCAUAUUCCUGUUGUGAAUGUGGCAAACGAUUCUCUUUCAAGAGCAGCUAUAGGAGUCACAUGACAAGUCACACUGGAGAGAAGCCGUAUGGCUGCUCAGAAUGUGGAAAGCGAUUUUCACAAAGGGGCACCCUUAAAGCCCACAACAGAAUUCACACUGGGGAGAAACCCUACAGCUGUUCUGAGUGUGGGAAACGAUUUUUACAAAGGAGCCAUCUCGAGAGCCACACAGUCAUUCACACUGGAGAGAAACCCUAUUGCUGUUCUGAAUGUGGAAAGCGAUUUUCAAGGAAAUAUUGUGUGGAGAGCCACAUGAGAACUCACACUCGAGAGAAACCAUAAGUUAGAGGAGAUGAAAAAGAGGAACGAGUGACGAGUCGCCUUCCUUACACCUCAAGGUUUGUUGUGUACCUUCACGUGGUGAGCUUAGUUGCAUGAGCUGUGCACCAAAUGGCAUCAAGGCAAAGCUAGUUUUGGAGUAUAAAAAUCUUCAAAAAAUAAAUCCUACUGGCCGCUCAUCUUGUAGGAGCAGAAGUUGCCAUCCUCUGCCUUGGUGACAGUAGAGCAUAUGAAGGUGUUGGCGACAAUGAAAAAUCUUCUUAUGAAGAGCAGACCUCCACUGUGGUGACAGUCCAGAUGGAUAGUGUUGCUUGUCCCACCACAAUGGAACAGACAAGACCACAAAAGCGUACUUUCACUAAGAAAUGAAGUGGACUGGAUACAGUCCAGUGGUCAACUAAAGGUAACCAGGAGAUCCUGUACUGCUAACGUUUACACAGCCAAUCAUGAAUUUUCAAUAUUCCAGGAAGGUCUUGCACAAAAAUUCAAUCGAGAAAUAUAAUCUUAACUUCCGAAUUAAACAUAACUGUAGUGGAGAGUAAGCUUUUAGAUGGAGAAUCAUCUAGCACAGGGGUGUCAAACUCCAGUCCUGGACGGCCGCAGUGGCUGCAGGUUUUCAUUCUAACCAUCUUCAUCAGUGACCCGUUUUUUUAUUUGCUGCUAAUGAACUUCUUUUUGCCUUAAUUUAAACUAACUUGACUCUGGCCUCUUAGUUGUCUCUUUUUCUUUAAUUAACAGCCCAUCAAUAAUAAGACACAAAACAAGCUGCCACGUGACCAGCUCAUCUGUGCCCACUACACAAUAUCUGAAAGUAAAGAAAGGUGAAGGUGGUCUCUGUAACGCUGAUCUCUCGGCUCACCAAAACGUUUUGAUGGUGGUCUUAGAAAAAACAGAAAAUGAACAGUUUUGGAAAUGUCUGCUGUGGCAGAACGAGAGCA